AUCGGAGUUAAGAACACACGCAUACAAACCUGUGCUUCUAUCCAGUCAGAACCAAGCUCUGAGAAAGAGAAGACGUAUCUCCGCACGCUCCGCUACUCUAUGUCCAGUUAUACACAGGGACGGAAGUAGGAAAACUUGUAAUAGGUUUAGCUCCAGGUUGUGGGAAAGGCAGGAAACUUCGGUGAUGGACAACCUGUUCCCUGUCCAACCAUAUAUAAUUAAUACAGCUUAAUCACUAUACCCUAGAGGAGAGAACAUAUUCGAAAUUAUUAUAAUUAAGAAAUUACCAACUCUACCUUCUCAAUAUACAAACUUGUAAGCAAUAACAAAAUGUAAAUAAGUUAGAAUGAGAAACUUAUUAAGACAUGUUAAAUUUAGUUUGGUUGGAAUUAGUGACACGAUAUUGUGAAUUGGUUUAGUGAAAAGAACUCAUUUCUUUAGUACAAAGUUUAGUAACAAGUGAAUAAUGAGGAUUUUUAAACGGCGUGGGGAGGAUCUGAUAGAUCCGCAGCUUACCGGAGUAAGGUUUGAUCAGGGAGAGAGCACUGACAGAACCUUGAGGGACCCCUCUCCUCCUUCUCCUACUCUACCUCCAGACUCCUCCCAGAUACUACAAACUCCUCAAACCAUAAGAAGAGGUUUGUCGUCCUGGGGUCGCAGAGUAGGACGGAGACUUGCUCCGGGAAAUUCAGAGGAAGAUAAGCUGGAGUACUCCGUGAACCCACCUCUCGAGGUUCCAGAGGAGAGGAGAAACCAUACUCAGCUCCAGAACUCAGAGGAAAAAUCUAAUACUGAGAUCAGAAGACGAGUUUCAAGAGUAGAAUCUCUCCGUCGUCUUCUCCUUGGUCCAUCCCACCUAGAUUCAAAACGAUUAUUCGACAAGAGAAAAUAUAGGUUUGGACGAAACUCUGUGUCCAAGGUGGACAAAUCUAUCGGGACGGAUCUAGACUUUAUCCCUGGGAGUGAGGAUGAUCUCUUUGAUCGAACCUCUAGUAGGUUCAAUGUUAGCUGUGAUAGUUUCGAUCUAGAUUCUGUUUCUCAGCUUAGUCUCAUUGAUUCGACAGAUGGAAAGCAUUCAACUAUCAUUUCUAAGUCAAUCAGUAUAGACAAUAUACCUCAGGAGAUGUCAUCCUUCCUGAGGUCAGGCUUUUCUCACACCUUCUCAAGGAGUAAGCUUGCCUCCCUACCUGAAGAGCAGGGUACACUAACAAGGAACAAUAGGAACCAGAGACCUGGAGCUGGAGAUCAUGUUGGAGAUGAAGGUCCUCAGUCCCUGAACUCAGAUAUCAAACCUGGAAACUCUGGAACCCUUCGGAGAAAGAAAAGUCAAUCCUUGGCGGACAUUCACAGCUCUCAAGUUCAAGUUCCUCUGCAGUUCAGAACUGGAGAAACUAGUCUCCAUCAUAAGAAGUUUUCAAAAACUAAAUCGGAGGAGAGUGGAUAUGAUUCCGACACAACCAGGAAGAGUGGUUCGUCUCCUCGUGGAUCCGUGAAAAGUGAUUCUUUUGAUCCCAGCGAAACCGAUUCUUCAACUUGUGAUAGUCAUCUUAAACCUGAACCGAGCCCGACCUCCGACGAGUUCCCCGUAGUUACCUCUAUAGUCCAACCGAAACCAAAAAUGAAGAAGCCGCCUCGGAAAAGUAAGGAGGAACCCCAUAAAACAGAAAUAUCUUGUCAAACCGAGUCUGAGAAUCAGUCUGAACCUGUUAAGGAACCUUUCUCCUAUUCCCAUCUAGUCAAACCUACCCCUCCUUUACCCAUAAACUUUACGGAUAAUAUCCCCACAACCCUCCCCUCCCUUACAAGCAAAAGCUUCAAGAUGCUCCGAGUAUUGAAGAAGGAGUCUGAUGAGCUUGGAAUAAUUAUAUCGAAGAAACGGAACCCGAGUAAGGGUACAACAGGAUAUAUUAUCGCGCAUAUAGAGCCAGAUGGUCUCGUCAACAAAGACGGUCGGUUUUCUCUGGGAGAUGAGAUAGUAAACGUAAACGGAUCCAGUCUACGGGGAUUAUCUAUGGAAGAAGCUAGAAACCUAUUACGCUACUGCCAAGGAGAGGUUGAUAUAAUCAUAGCUCGUGAUCCUGAGAAGGAUAAAACUCCGGGUAAUGCGCCAGUAGAGAGAAGGAAGAGGCGCAAGCUGCCAAUGAUAGAACGUCCCAGGUCAGCUCCAAUAUACGCUAGCCAGCUAGAAUUUUCCCAGCUCUCCGGGAUACAUGGUAACGUACACGACGUUUGCGAUUUCGCGUACCAAGACGGAUCCAUGAAGACUGUGAUUAGAAUAAGUGACAGGACGGAGAAGAUAGAACAGUAUCGAGGAGGACCUAUUUCAACUGUUGAUACUCCGUCCGUGACCCCGGCCCAGUCCUACUCUAAUAUAGGACAUGAGGACGAUACAUCCUCCGUAAUCUCAUCUUAUACAAGCGAAAAUGCUCCCUACAGAGUAAGCAGUGUUCCUACUACUCCCACCCCUCGUCAGGACUGGGAGCAAAGACGAGCUAGUGUCUCCAGAACUGGAACCGUGCUAAGGAUUGCAAGAAGACCUAAAUCUCUGUCUAUGACCGUAUAUCUAGCAGAGUUCGAUAAAGGACCUGGAAAAAAAGGUUUAGGAUUCAGCGUGGUGGGAGGAAUAGAUUCUCCGAAGGGUUCAAUGGGAAUAUUUGUAAAAACAAUUUUCCCGGUAGGACAAGCAAGAGAUAAUGGAUCCCUACGUGAAGGAGACGAGAUAUUGAAUGUGAACGGAUUAUCCGUCCAGGGUUUAUCUCAUGGAGAAGCAAUCUCAAUAUUCAAGAAUAUCAAGGUUGGGACGGUUCGGAUAACCGUUGCAAGGAGAGACAACCAGCCAAAAAGGUAUGUUUAGAAAUACGAUAUUUGU